UUGGCUUGAAAGGAGGGCUCCUGCAUUUUUUGGGGAGGGAACCAGAGGAACCCAAAGCAAAAAAGGCACCCAAACACAGAGAGAGAGGCAGGCAGGCAGCCUCCUUCCUUCCCUCCCUCCUUGCUUGGGUUGUUUUUAUUUGGAGGCAGGCUUUGUGUGUGUGUGUUGUGAGUGUGUGUUGUGAGUGUGGGGUGGGCGGGAAAGAGGAGGCCAGGAGGGAGAAGGAGAAGAAGAAGGAGGAGGAAAAGAUGGAGGCUGAAGAUGCGGAGUGUUUGCUGCUGCUGCUGCUCCUUUGGCGUGUGCCAUGUUUGCUGCUGCUCCUGGAGGGCUGCAGGCGAGGCUGAGGCGCACCGACCUUGCCGCCGCUGCUCUUCUUGGGGGAGGAAAAUUGUGGCUUUGUACGCAACCCCACAACCCCAGGCCCCUUUUUUCCUUUGGGGGAACCCCUUGGGCAGCCCCCACAAGAAGGAGAGCCCCAGAGGAGCCUUUGGAGGCGAGCUUCAAGGGAGAAAAACAGCCGCUUUGGGGACCUUUCCCUGCCUUGCCUCUCCAAAGAAGAAGAAGCACAACAACAAGGAGGCUGACUCUCCUCCAGAGGGAAGACUUUGCCUUGUGUUUUGGGGGUCCGGGAAGGGAUUGAGGACCCCUUGGGCCACUCACGCUUAGGGAGAGCCUUCUCCUCGGUCCCUUGCUGGGGUCUUUUUUUUGGGGGGGGGGUUGGUUUUGUUCCCAACCAAAAAAAGAGGAGGAAGAAAAGAGAGAGGAAUGAAGCCUGGCGCAAGAGGAGGGUCCCUGACCUUCUGCAGGGGGCUCUUCCUGGGGCUCUUCUUCUUGGCCUCCUUGGCUUCCUGGCCAGCAAAUGGGAAAAUCUGUGGGCCAAACCUUGAUCUCCGCAACAGCAUCGAUCAGCUCAGGGAGCUGGAGAACUGUACUGUGGUUGAAGGGUAUCUCCGAAUUUUGUUGAUCCCCCAAGGAGAGGACUUCAGCAACUACCGCUACCCUGAACUCACAAUGAUCACGGACUACUUGCUGCUGUUUCGUGUGGCCGGCCUGGAGACCCUGAGUGACCUCUUCCCCAACCUCACGGUGAUCCGGGGCAGGAACCUUUUCUACAAUUACGCCUUGGUCAUCUUUGAGAUGACCAACCUCAAAGAGAUUGGUCUACACAAUUUGAGGAACAUCACUCGGGGGGCCAUCCGCAUUGAGAAGAAUUCGGAUCUGUGUUACCUCUCUACCGUUGACUGGUCUUUGAUCUUGGAUGCUGUCUCUAACAACUACAUCGUGGGGAAUAAACCGCCGAAAGAGUGUGGAGACUUAUGCCCAGGAACGGCGGAGGAGAAGCCACUCUGUGAGAAGACAGCCAUUAACAACGAAUACAGCUACCGCUGCUGGACUUCCAACCACUGCCAGAAAAUGUGUCCCAGCUCUUGCGGCAAAUACGCUUGCACAGACGACAACGAGUGCUGCCACCCAGAAUGCUUGGGAAGCUGCACAGCACCGAACAACAACACCGCAUGUGUGGCUUGCCGCAACUACUACCACGAUGGCGCUUGUGUCCCCACUUGCCCUCCCAACACCUACAAGUUUGAAGGCUGGCGUUGCAUUACAAAGGAGAACUGCUCCCGAAUACUGCUUUCCGCCGACGUACCUGAAUACGAGAGUUUUGUGAUUCACGAGGAUGAGUGUGUGCAGGACUGCCCUCCUGGAUUUAUACGCAAUGAUACCCAAAGCAUGUUCUGCAGCCCUUGUGAAGGCCCUUGCCCCAAAGUGUGUGCGGAAGAGAAGACGGUGACCAUUGACUCCGUCACAUCGGCACAGUCCUUAAAGGGGUGCACAGAAAUCAAAGGGAACCUGCUUAUCAAUAUCCGUCGUGGCAAUAACAUUGCCUCGGAACUGGAGAACUUCAUGGGCCUGAUAGAAACCGUGACUGGCUACGUGAAGAUCCGUCACUCACAUGCCCUGGUGUCUCUGUCUUUCUUGAAGAAUCUGCGAUACAUUAAUGGAGAAGAUCAGCUGGAAGGGAAUUACUCAUUUUAUGUUCUGGACAACCAAAACCUGCAGCAACUAUGGGACUGGAGCCAUCAUAACCUAACCAUCAAAGAGGGGAAGAUGUACUUCGCUUUUAAUCCCAGGCUCUGCGUUUCUGAGAUUUACCGCAUGGAGGAGGUUACUGGAACCAAAGAUCGACAAAGCAAAGGCGAUAUAAAUCCAAGGAACAAUGGAGACAGAGCCUCUUGUGAAAGCCAUAUUCUGAAAUUUGUUUCCAACACUACAAUGAAGAAUCGGAUCAUGCUCACAUGGGAACAGUAUCGCCCAAAGGACUACAGAGAUCUGAUUAGCUUCACGGUUUAUUAUAAAGAAGCGCCCUUUAAGAAUGUGACAGAAUAUGAUGGACAGGAUGCUUGUGGUUCUAACAGCUGGAACAUGGUGGAUGUGGACCUGCCUCCCAAUAAAGAGGACAAUCCAGGGAUUUUGCUGCAGCCAUUGAAACCUUGGACUCAGUAUGCCAUUUAUGUCAAAGCCGUCACGCUUACCAUGAUGGAGAACAACCAUGCCCAUGGAGCAAAGAGUGAGAUAAUCUACAUCCGAACAAAAGCUUCAGUGCCAUCCAUUCCUCUGGACACCAUAUCGGUAUCCAACUCUUCAUCUCAGCUGAUUGUGAAGUGGAACCCUCCCACCUACCCCAAUGGCAACCUUUCAUACUACAUCGUACGGUGGCAACAGCAGCCCCAGGACAGUUAUCUUUAUAGACACAACUACUGCUCCAAAGAUAAAGUCCCAAUUCGAAGAUAUGCCGAUGGCACCAUUGAUAAUGAGGAAGCGACUGAGCCCACCAAACCAGAAGGUUCUGGAGGAGAAAAAGGAUCUUGUUGUGUCUGCCCAAAGACUGAGGCAGAGAAGCAAGCUGAGAAGGAGGAGGCCGAGUACCGGAAAGUCUUUGAGAAUUUCCUCCAUAAUGCCAUAUUCUUGCCCAGGCCGGACCGGAAACGGAGAGAUUUGUACCGAAUUGCAAACAGUACUUUUGCCAAUAAGAACAGGACUGCGGCAGCCCCAGAACAUGCUACCAAUGUGUCAGAUGCCGAGGAAGGCGAGAUGGAGUUCCCUUUUUAUGAAAGCAAAGUGGAAGGCAGGGAACGGACCCUCAUCUCCAAUCUUCUGCCUUUCACACUCUACCGCAUCGACAUCCACAGCUGUAACCAUGAAGCCGCACACCUGGGCUGUAGCGCUUCUAACUUUGUUUUUGCAAGAACCAUGCCUGCAGAAGGAGCUGAUAACAUUCCGGGAACAGUGACAUGGGAAGGAAAAGAAGAAAACACAGUACACCUGAAGUGGCCAGAACCUGUUAAUCCGAAUGGUUUGAUUCUGAUGUAUGAAAUCAAAUAUGGACAAAAUGAGGAAAAGCUGCAGUGUGUUUCCAGACAAGAAUACAAGAAACUUGGGGGAGCCAAACUGACGCAUCUGAACCCUGGAAAUUACACAGUCAGGGUCCAAGCUACUUCUCUAUCUGGGAACGGAUCCUGGACAGAGCCAAUCUCAUUCUAUGUCCAACCCAAACCCGCGAACUAUGGGAAUUACUUGCAUUUGAUUAUUGCUCUCCCCAUUGCGGUCCUACUGAUUAUUGGAGGACUUGUCAUCAUGCUGUAUGUCUGUAACAAAAAGAGGAACAGUGACAGGCUCGGAAAUGGAGUACUUUAUGCUUCUGUGAAUCCUGAAUAUUUCAGUGCUUCAGAUGUGUAUGUGCCAGAUGAAUGGGAAGUGCCUCGGGAGAAGAUAACCAUGUGCCGAGAAUUGGGGCAGGGCUCUUUCGGAAUGGUGUACGAAGGGAUAGCGAAAGGUGUGGUUAAGGAUGAACCUGAAACCCGGGUUGCCAUCAAGACGGUCAAUGAAUCAGCCAGCAUGCGAGAGCGGAUAGAGUUUUUGAAUGAAGCUUCGGUGAUGAAGGAGUUCAACUGCCACCAUGUAGUGAGGCUCCUUGGAGUCGUGUCUCAAGGCCAGCCUACUCUGGUCAUUAUGGAACUCAUGACUCGCGGCGAUCUGAAGAGUUAUUUGCGCUCUCUUCGGCCAGACACAGAGAAUAACCCAGCGCAUACUCUCCCGGCCCUAAAGAAGAUGAUCCAGAUGGCUGGCGAGAUUGCAGAUGGCAUGGCCUAUCUCAACGCCAACAAGUUUGUCCACAGAGAUCUUGCUGCAAGGAACUGCAUGGUGGCUGAGGACUUUACUGUGAAAAUUGGAGAUUUUGGCAUGACGAGAGAUAUCUAUGAGACCGAUUACUAUCGGAAAGGCGGGAAGGGUCUGCUGCCUGUCCGCUGGAUGUCCCCAGAAUCACUGAAGGAUGGUGUCUUCACUACUCACUCAGAUGUUUGGUCUUUUGGUGUUGUCUUGUGGGAGAUAGCUACCUUAGCAGAGCAGCCUUAUCAAGGCAUGUCUAAUGAGCAGGUUCUCCGCUUUGUGAUGGAGGGCGGCCUUUUGGAGAAGCCAGACAACUGCCCUGAUAUGCUUUUUGAACUGAUGCGGAUGUGCUGGCAGUACAAUCCCAAGAUGAGACCCUCUUUCUUGGAAAUCAUUGGCAGCAUUAAAGACGAGAUUGACCCGGCCUUCAAAGAGGUCUCCUUCUUCUACAGCGACGAGAACAAACCGCCGGACACGGAGGAGCUUGAUCUGGAGGCGGAGAACAUGGAGAGCAUUCCUUUAGACCCUUCCUCGACCCUCCAGCCUUCUGACAAACACUCAGGACAUAAAGCUGAGAACGGCCCUGGCGUGGUGGUCCUGCGGGCCAGCUUUGAGGAGAGACAGCCGUACGCGCAUAUGAACGGGGGACGCAAGAACGAGCGUGCCUUGCCUUUGCCCCAGUCUUCGGCCUGCUGACCUUUAGAACCAGGUUUCUUUUGUGCAAACACAUACAUGCAUCGGGGUGGGGUUGGGGGUCUAAGAGAGCGAGCAAGCAAGGAUUAAAAACAAUAACAGUUUAUUCAAAAGCCUACUGUACCUCAGUGGAUCUUCAGAGCUGUCAUAGCUGCACACGGGAGAAUCCUCUCUUCAGUUAGAAGUCGGAAUAACUUUUUCCCCUUCUCCUCCCUGUCUUUUUUCAAUAUGCAAGCAGAAGAUUGUUUCUUUCGAGCAAAAGGACUCCUGUUAUGCGGGGUGCACAACCAGCCUUCUAAAACUUUUAACGUUAAUACUUAAUAGUGACAGAAAACUUGAGAAAUCUGACGUGUGUCUCCCCCCUUUUUCCUCUUCUUUCUCUCUGCUUCAUAAUGGGAAACAUAUCUGUGUGAAGUUCAACUGUACGGCACUUUUUUCUUCUUUUAAACAAAACAACAUCACAUCAAAAUUGCAGGCCAAGCAGCUCUCUCUCUCUCUCUCUCUCUCUAUUCCCCCUUUGCAAGCACCUGCCUGAAACUGUAGGUUUGUUACAAAAAACGAAACGCGAUUCAAAGAAAGGAAAAAAAGACAGCCUGGAUUUUUAAAAUAUUAUUCCUUAACCUUUUUUUAGGGUCACAUAAAAAAUGGAAGGGCCAUUAUUUGUCCACGGUUGUAACUGUUUUCAACGCUGCCAAAUUUUGCCAAAAAAGAAAAGAGGAACUUUCCUUUAGGAUGUUUUUUUUUAAAUAGACCUGGAAGGAGCAAAAUAAUCAUACGCUCCGUUGAAAUGAAAUACAGACUAAUACACUCCAAUCAUACACUGGCAUUUAAGAGAAACAAAAACAUCAAAUUGUCUAUUUUUUUUUUUGACUGGACAAAAACCUCGAUUGUUUAUUUUUUAUUAAAACACAGUUGAGAACAUAAAGAGGGUCGAGGCGGAAUAAAAUGGCCCGCCUUGGCGUUCUGGACAAAACUGGCACCGGUGAGCCAAACCAGAGAGGGGAAAAUGUGUAUCUUGUGCAGAAAUUCAACAGCACUCCAAAAGGAAAGAAAGAAAGAAAGACAAAAAGCCAGAAGGGAUUUCCAUGCCGAGGCGUUCCUGCCGUCCGUGGCAGGCUUGCAGGAAAAAUAAAACAGACAAACAAAAACUUUUAGACACACAAAAGUUGAAGAAGAAAAUAGCCAAUUACAUGGAUUCAAGCAUCCAACACUUUGUUGACCUUUUUUUCCUCUAUGUUAUUAUAAGACUUCAAAGGGUCUUGCAGUUCUAUGUUAGACCAUGGAUCAUUUGCAUACACAUUGUCUUUUUGUGUCACUUUUAUAACUUUUUUACAGUUCAGAUAACUCAUCUAUAUGUCUGUACAGAUAAAAGAAAAAAAGCUGCUAUUUUUUUGUUCUUUAUCUUUGUGGAUUUAAUCUAUAAGAAAUACUUCAGGUCUACCCCUUUUUUCUCCAUGCCUUCCCAAACCUCCCCGUCCCCAAGCAGUUUCUUAUGCUUUGUACUAUAAUGUGUAAGUUCUUUUCCUUUGCUGACCACCACUUUCCCGAGAUGUGAUACCUGAAACAAUGAUUUGCCAUCAACUGUUCAAUGCCUUUGAUAAACACGUUUCUGCUUUUCUGUUGCUCUUGGUUCUCUCCCACAACCCUUCCCUGCUUUUUCUUCCUUUUUACAAAAACAACAAUGAUGUUUAGGUUGUUUGAGUUAAAGCGUUCUUUACAGAGCUGGAAAAGGAGGGUACCUUUGCUGAUAGUGCGCCUGAUGCGUACCAUCUUCUUCGCCAACUUGUACCCUCUUCUUCCUCUCUUAUUGUCCAUAUGGCACCCGCGUCUGUUACAGUGCAAGGUAUGAUGGAAACUCAGGUCAGGGGGGAAAAGUUAACUAUUUAGUACAUUCUUACUCAGUGUUCAUGUUCAUAUUGGUGUACAAUAGCCUCACCCUAUUGUUUUUCCUUUUGCCUUCUUUUGGGUUGUAUCUUGCAGACAACCACACACAUCUGUAUUUUUAACUGUUGGGUGCAACAGCCGUUGAGCUGGAAAUACCAGGCUUUUGGAGGGGGAGUCGUGUUCCUCCCAAAAUAAUAAUGAUAAUGAUAAUAUUGAUGAUACCGAUGAUGAUCAUUUGAACAUUGUAACCCUUCCAUCCUACGAAAAGUGUAUGUUUAAUUCUCCGCCAGUGGGUCACUCCACAAGAGCCCUUCCUUGGUUUUUAUCAGGCUCCGGUUGUUCCAGUCACCAAAUUGGAAAAACGGAGGCAAGCUACAGAAAGUCUUUUGGGCCGCUAAGUGCACAAGUCAGCUGUUCGGUUGUAGCGUUUCUGAAAGUUUGUGAAGCGGUUUGAAUUAGAUUCCCCCCACCCCCAAAAUCCCCCCAAAAUAGGGACAUAUUAUCCAAGUUGCAUGCAUUUUGUUGAGAAAGACGGAGCCCUCAGUUUCCAAAGCGAAGGUGCCUUAACGCUUGUUAAUUCACCUGUAGUUACUGCAUGGAAAUACUGUAUUAGCACUGAUCCAACCAAAGUCUGGCAACAAGAGGAAGGGUUGUUCUGGGAUGGAUAUAAUGAAUUUAUUCUCUCUCUCUCUCUCUUUUAUUUUUUAAUGUGGGAGGGGAGGGGGGUUGUUUGAAUAUAAGAACAAAGAAUUGAAAUAUAACUGCUAGAUGUGACUGGAGAUAAAAGAAAUAUGUUUGUAGUGCUUUUUUUCCCUCUUGCUUAUGUAGCUUCAGUCCCACCGUCUUCUUUUCACCUCUCAUAGUUAGUUGUUUUUUUCCCUUUUUAAAAAAGAAAAAAGGAAAGAAAAAAAAGUAUUCUAUGUAGGAUUUUUUUUUCUAUUUAUUUUUGUGCUACCAGUUUAAAUCACUGUAGAGAUACCCCAUAAUAAAUUGUUAAGUAACUGAAAUAAGGGUUUUGGAGUUCUGAAAGGGGGACAGUUUUUCUUUUUUAAUUUUAUUUUAUUUUUCAAACAUUUAUCUACCUCACUCUUUUAUUUUUUUGUGUGUAUAUAUAUUAAAAAAAUAUACAUCUCACAUUUCUCAGCAGCCGACAAUAUACUGUUGAAUACCGGUAACCUCAUUUUCAUUGUUCAAACCACAUCAUCCUCCCGGUUUUGGAGAGGGGAGGUCACCGCCGAAUCAAAAAGGUCACUUAAUAUAGUUGCUGCUUUACAACACACACACAGGUAUACUUCUCCUUUCUUGGUGGUGUGUUGAGGGUUGAAAGCAAUCGUCAGUGGUCGUUUGAACCAAAAUCAAUAGCUGCUCUGAGUCCCGUUGUAACCGAUGGGCACAAGAAGAACCCAGUGGAGAUACACCCAGGACCUCAAGAAAAAUGGUGUAAUGAAAGCAAGGCAGACACUCAGGUCAUCUGGGGUGUGAACUCACUGCUCUCUAGGCUUUGAAAAUAGAUGGAUGAGUAUGAACACACUCAUCAUAGACUAAAUUUGGGGUGCUCACUCUGCUAAAUGAGAACUAGCCAAAGCAGAUGCCUAUUCUUCGGAUACCCAAACUGGCUACAAAAGGGAUUAGAGCAAAGUGGUACCCGCUGCUAAUAAAGCAAGGAUGCUACAUUUGAUUCUUUCGCCAGACUGCACAGCGAAAUUUGAUCUUCUCAAACCACAAGCCCACUCAAAUUUACAUUGUUGGCUUGGUGGAGCAGCUUCAGUUUAGGUGUGAUCACAGGCAACCUGGUUGAUUCUGUGCCGACAGCCUGGGAAUGGUUUCUCGGUACCUCUGAAGCGGGAUUUGUAAGUGUGACUCCCUGAUCAGACAGUUGUCAAAACUGUCACUGACUUUUCACAUUAAACUGAUAAACUGCCCGAUUCUGGCAGUUGCCGAUAUACACAAUGAAUUGAUAAAUUGCCUGAUUCUGGCAGCUGUUCCAGCAGGUAUUGCUUAUGGCAUCUGAAUAAUUGUUACUUGGCUAGUUUGAGAUUUCAAAACAGAUUGCUGUGGUUACGCACAUCAGAUGUUGCCUUGAAGGGGAAAUCGGGAUUGUCUAGUUCUUACGUUUUGAGUUGCAUGGAGAGGGGAUGCCUGAUCCGUCGGGUGCCCCUUUGCAUAGCAUCCUUGAUUCUGACUUUUCUGCUUAGUGGUCUUUCUGUCAUUGCGGUGGUGGCCUCUCCUCUCUUGCACAUAUUAAUCCCCAUAACUAUGGGGAUCCUCAGAUCUUUUCAGCUGGUUUAAGAGGGUUUUCUUUAAAACUGUCCAAGUUAUUAUUAUUUUUUUAAUUGUUUGUAGAUGGUUUAAACAUAUUAGGAGAGAACACUAACAUUGUAGUGCCCAUCUGAACACACAUUUCAGAAGCAUUCAAGUGGAAGGCGGUCACGUUGGGGUCAUUUGGAUAAGUUAGCCCAUCUGAAACAAACCACCUUGAUUCUGCCAUUUUAUUUCGUAUUCAUGAUAUCUUAUUUUUGGGGGGAAAUCUAUUUUGGUUUCCAAAUCUCUUUUUUGUUUUGGGAGUGUGUGUGUGUGUGUGCUACCCUGCUUUCCCCAUACAGUCUUCUACUGAUAGUAUAUAAUGUAUGUGUUUAUGCAUGCCAAAAAAUUGGGUGCAAGGGGCGCAGAGAAUUUAUUUCCCGUUCGGGUUGUUGAUAAGUCAGCUCAAAUAUGUUGGGUAUACUGAGCCAACAGCACAGAAAUCUGUUGGCUUUAGUAAUGGGCAAACAGUUUCUUGUAAGGAUCUAAGAAUAGUCCUGGAUCAGACCAAAGGUCCAUCUGGCCUUCCUUCCUGUAUUUUUGUGAUGGCUGAUCAGAUACUUCCAGACCUCUGAAGGUAGCAGCCGCUCUCUUUUUGUCCUCAACAAAUGAUAUAUCAAGUAGUACAUUGUAACUAAGCCUAGAGGUUCCAUUUCAGUAUCUUGGCCACAGACAUUGAUAAACUCCUCUUCUUCCAAGUCUUUGUCACCACCACCAAAACCCAUUUUUCUUAACUAUAUAAGCCAGUGUGAGUGCAUUCCAUAUUUUCUGUGUCCUGAUCUACUCUCAGUCUAUUUCACUGAGUGACCUGGGGCUCUAGCAUUAAGAGAGGGAACAUGUUUUCUACCUGUGUUCAGUAUACAGUGGAAAUCUAUAUGUUUUUCUCGCCACAGCCACCCCCAUCUUGCAAUUUUAGCUUUUCCUCAUAGCAAAGUUGUUCCAGGCCCUCGUUCCGUGUCUUUUGCAUUCCACAAGGUUUCUGUCUGUACCAUAGACUUCUGAAACAUGACAAGACAAUAAUUGGAAGUUUUAUCUUCAGCAACUUUCCUCAUAGCCACUGUGCGUGACUACAAAUACUACCCUUGCCCUCCUGAUCAUCUCCAACUAUUCAGAUCCUAUUCAUGUAUGUGUGGUGGGAUUGUUACUUGCUAACACAGUUUAGAGGAGAAGUGUCCUUUGGCACCCUUUCUGGUCAGCUUGGGUGAAUAACUUGGCAUCAUCCACAAACCUGGCUACCUCACGGACCCUUAACUCCAGAUUACUGAUGAAUAAGGACCAUCGGACCUAACUCAGCGAAGGGAUGGACUUGGCUAUUUAUUUCACUGUAUUAAAACGACUGCCCUUUUAAAAUAUAUAUAUAUAUUCCUCUACUUUUUUCUGUAAGUAGACAUGGCUUCUCAUUUCGUAGGAGUCCGAAGGACUUUGGAAAAGAGGGGGCCUUUGGAGGGCUUGGUUAAAAAGCUUUUUGGAAGUCCGUGAGUAUAAUACCUAAUGGAUUAUCCCUAAUGACACGUUGGCAGAGAUUUCUAAAAUGUUGGUGAGGCAAGACAGCCUUUUGCAGAAGCCCUUAUGCCGCUUCUGUUUAAUAAUCCUAUACACUCCUUUUACUGGGACAGAUGUUGGACUAAUGCCUGGCAAUUACACAUCACCCUCUCUUCCCCCUUUAAAAAUGCUGCUAGGGAAGUUACCUUCUAAUCCUCUGAAAGGAGGGUAAGACAGGAAGAAAAAUAAAUAAAUUAGGUGGUUUUAAAAUUUGUUUAGCCCAUUUUUGUUUUUGCGGUGGGUGGGCUAUGUGGGGGCCCCCUUUUGUUAGACUCAGUUUUUCAUGAGGACUUGCAUCUUUUUUUGUUAAGCCAUUUCCCAAUCCCUGCAUGUAUGCUGCCUGAACAGGUUUUAAAUUCUAACAUAUCAGUUUGCUCUAUCACUUGAUGUCCCAUUGCUUUUGCAGCUUCUCAGAUGCCUUCCCUUCUCCAUAGCGUGGUUCAGGCAAAGAUAUCUCUUCACUGUGAUCUUUCAGUGGUGGUACAGAAGGUGGUUUGGUUUCAGAGGCAGGGAAUUUGUAUCUGUUCCUAAGUGUUGGAGGCUGAUUGAGUAACCAGGAUUGUUUGGACAAUGGCUAGACACAAACGCGAAGUAUGGGACAAUGCUGGUUUCCAUCUAAGCCUUCCCCCCCCCCCCUCUGCUCCUUGAGGAUGGUUCUAAGUAAAGUUACGACUCUCAAAGUAUGUUGGCACUGAUGCUCUUGUUGAUUUUACUAAAAACAAAACCCCCAAGUUAUCCCAGGACUGGUCACAAGACGGAACUGCUGUUUAGAUCUCUGGGAACUUCUACAGGUUGUUUAGUACAAUCCAUGGCUAUACGAAUCACACUCCUGUUGUUGGUAUAAUGUACUCUAUGUAUAAUGGUAUGAUGUACUCUGUGUACAAAACCUUUCCAUUCCAGUAGUUGGUAACUUUCUUGUUACUCUUGAGUUUUGUUUUGUCAAUGAUGUACUUCAUCACUGGUUAAUAAGAAGUGGAGCAAUUGCUGCUUCUGCCAUGUUUGCGCAUACCGGUGAUGAAUGCCAGAUACCACAGCUCCGUUCUCAAAUGAAGAGUUGACACAAACUAAAAUAACAAGAGAGUAUGGUCAUUUAGGUUGAACCUUGCUGGAAGUGCUGAAGAUACAGAACGCAUAGGGUAUAUUCACUAAGAGGUUAGAUGGCCUCUCAGUUUGGAAGGCUAGUUGAUUCUGAGUUGAGGCGCAUAGACUUUCUCUUGAUGAGAUUUAGAAACCAUGAUAUGAUCCAUCCAAAAUGAAGGAAGACGCAUUAGAGACUCUUCCAAAAAAACUGGGGGAGGGGGAGAGGCAGUAGUUCUGAUCUGCUAAGGCAACAGGUUUACCAAAAUUCAGAGUUGUUUACAAGUAUUAACAACCUCCAUGCCCAGGAUUUGCAACUCAUUGUUUGCAGGAUGGAAAUCCAGUCUCCCAGCAAUCCUUGGUGUGGAGUCAUAUACAUCAGUUCUAUCCAUUGAGCAAAUUGCUCACUCUGAUCCAGAGCUGCUACACAUAAGGGUCUUCUCUGUUUACUUCAGUGGAAUGUAACUUCAUUGGAGUAAAUGGGGGAAACCCUUCACAGGGUGGAGAAAAAUCUAUGUAUUGGAUCAUUUUGAAGGGUUUUCUGGAUUGGGCCAACUGACCAUAAUUAAGUGUUGUGCAAGUUCCAGAAAGCUUUCGUUAGACGUUGUGCAUGUCGAAUGCAUGUGUCCAUGUGUGUCUGUCUUCUUUCCGUUCUGUAUCCAUUCUGUUGUCUAGCAAUCCAUUCACAUUUUCAGUAGGGCUCUUUAAGUCCAGUAGAUUACGGGUAGUCAGUUGACAAAAGAUCUGGUUUACAAAAAACUAAUUACAUAUUUCAUUGCAUUUUCUAAGUACACAGAAUACUUUUUUUACAAGAGUGCUUGCCGUUUCUAAGCGCCUAAAGAUAAUUUAAGGGCAUCUUUCUUUCUCUGGUGUAUAUGUGUGCGUAUGUGUGUGAGUUGGGUUUUUUUUCCUUGUUAGGAGACAACUUUUACUAGUUAGGUUUACAAUACGGCAAAAAUGGAUCCUGUACCAGCUCUUAAAUCAUGGCUCAUUUGUUGCCCCCUGGAAACCCCAAAUCUGUUCUGUAUCUUCAGUAACCUGGUCUUCCAGAGACCCUUAGAUGGGUGGGAAUCAUCUUCAACCAGUCAUUUUACUUUUACUGUGUAAGUGUAGGUUGGCACGAACCUCGCUGGUUAAGGAAACAGAAUCGAGUAUUGCUGCUAAGCAGUAUUUAGUCACAGUGCUAGGUGCGUUUUCUUGGAGAUAAAAAGGGCACUGAAAUUGCUGGAUCUUAUUUCUAAGGAAACGUACUUGGGAUUAGAAUUAGGUUUGCGUUAUUUAAGUACCUGCUUUAAUGUUGUCGUCUAGGUAGACUGAAGGAUUUGACUGCAUAGUAGGCAAGAUGGCGAAAGGCCGUUUUCAGAACAAAUCGCAGAAUGAAAGACAGCCAUGUUUACAGAUUCCUUCUCCUUGUGUUAAAAGAGAAGGUGAUGUACAUUGCAACCUUAUACAUUUCUCUGUUAUUUAGCAGCAUUAAAGCGUUGUUUUCGGUUACCAUCCAGGGUCCCUAUUUAUUUAUACUUAUUUAAACGAUACUGAAAAAUUCUGUUUUUCCCCCCCUCGCAAAUUAAAAAGCCCCUCUUUACCCAAUAGCUUCUGUGUGGCUUUAUUACCUUUUAGAGAAUGAUUUUUCUGUUUUCUAAACCAGUGAGGUUUGAGAAGAAAGGACUACCUCUGGGACAGAAUAGCGAUUUAAAAAACCACAAACGAAAACCAAACACCCCCCACCCUAAAAAAACAAAACCCAUAGAAAGUGCUAUGGAACUGAAAUGCAUUUACAGACAUAACAUUUUCCAAGUUACCUUGUUUAAAAUACAAAGUUUGUUGUUGUUUUUUUAAAAAAUAAAUGAAAAAAAUAAAACAGUAAUAACACGGCCAAUUUAUUACAUAAAGACUUGCUGUGUAUAAAUUAUUCCUAAAGAAAUUCCUGUGUUUAUAUUAAAAUGAAUCAGUAGAUGAUGAAAAAAAAAUUCAAAAUGUUUUUGUAUAUUCUGUUGUAAGAAUUUAUUCCUGUUGCGAUAUAUUCUGGAUUCUUUACAUUAUGAAAACAAAAAAAGAACCUUUGUCUAUUUUGAAUGGCUGAAGCUAAGGCUGCUUUAGUUUCUCUUACUCUGCUUUUUUCUAGUAGUUACAGUACUACAUGAUUAAGUUAAAUAAAAAGGAUUCUGUAUGCA